GUUGACCAUAUCACACUAUGCCACACGAUGCCAUCCGAUGCUAACUGCAAUUAUAUCUAGAGUCCCUUCAAGACGUUUCUGAAACUCUCAAACAUUGUCUCGAGACUGCUUGCUGCGAAUUACUGCGAAUUGCCACAGCUUACCACGACGCACUACGACUGAUUACAACUCACCACCACCGCCCACGAGUAAGAGCCUUACCACCUUAACCCCAAAACACGAUAGAGUCUAGAGCUUCCAGUCCCAAGUCCCAAGUUCCAAGUCCCAAGUCCCAAGUCCCGGUCACUUUAAACUCAAAGCUUCAGUAACUGUCCGACUGCCAUUUAUUCCUCCUAUAUGUAAAGAGCCUUCUCCCUACCAAACGUCUUGAUUUGAUUAGAAAUUAUUCGCAUCUUUAUUCCUACGACCUAAUUUGUCACACACGUCUCUCUCUCUCUCUCUCCCUCCCUCUUCUUCUCAUAUUAUCCACAACUUACAUCAUAUACAAGGCCAAAUCCAAUCAGUCUUUAGGGGAUUAAUCCUCGGAUAUCUAUCCAAUCCAUCCUUCCAUCCGCACGCCCAGUAAAGAACAACAAAAUAAUGUCUCUAUAUGAAUGUUCCAGUUGUACAGAGCCCAUCCGUCCCGACCGGGCUCGCAUUCAAUGUCAAACCUGCACCGACUACAAUCUCUGCACCAACUGUUUCGCCAUCCAAAAGACUUCACGCACGCAUCUCCUCAGCCAUCCCACCGCCAUCAUCAAAACGAGCGGGACCAGCACCCCCACCGUUCCUCCCCCAGUUCCUCCUCGUCCCCUCCCGCUUCUCCCGCCGCGAAAAGAUACCCUCACCAACAUCACCGCCCCCAAUCCCCCGCCCAAAAAAGUCGAGCUCCCAACCGCUAACUGGGGCGCCCUGUGGGAUAUCGUGAAACCGAGUAAGAAGCCCAAAAAUUCGAGCGGGGGCCCAAGAGAUCUCCUUAUUAUCCAACCACCUCCGAAUGACGACGGGUUUAUCAAUCACAAUCUAACUUAUUCGGAUUCUCCCCUGACUAAAUUACGACCGGACUUACCUGCGCAAUCUUUUGAGGGUUCUUUUGAGGGGAAAAUCAAAUUGGAAGCCUUUACCAAUCCAUACGCUUCGCUGGCGCCCCCGAUGCCGUCGGAAUGGAGUCCCUUUUUUCAAAAGGAUGGAGCAUUUAAUGCGAUUUUUGUGGAUUUAAUGACGACCAUGUUUUUGUGUUUGGACGUGGAGGGCACGAAUGAAUUGAGUCCGGAGGUGUGGAGUGCAUUUUUGGAGAUGCAGGGGGUGGGGAUGGAGAAUAAUAUUUGGCAAAAAACACUCUACACAACCGGGGGACCUCAAAAUCAAGAGAUUGCCGACCUCGAGUUGGGUAUCUUCUUCAAAACGCAUGAUAUCUCCCACACGCUUUCGGUGCGCCACGCGUCGAAUCUUCCGCCUCCUUCGCCGUCUCCUACGGCGGGAGAACGUAUCCGGAGAUCGAUUUCGCUCGGCGCUAAUAUGCCGAUGUUGAGUCGACAGGGGUUUAUAGAUGUCAUGGGUAUGGAAAUGCUGCAGGAUCCAGAUGAGGGACAUAGACGGUUGGAAGGGGUAGUGAGGGAUUACGCUAUUUGGAAGCCGCUGGGGGACGUACCGCGGGAGUGUUUUCUGGAUGGGAAGAUAGAGGGAAGAGGGAAGAGAAGGAGUUUAUUGGAGAUGAGUGAGGAGAAGGAAGAGGUGGAGAGGAAGAUCAUGGAGGGAAUGUUUAGGGGUGUGGGAGCGGGGAAGAUCGGAGGAAGGAAUAGGAGUGAGGAUUCGGAGGAGAGGAGGGACAGGUCGAGAUCGAGAUCGAGAUCGAGCUCAGGGGACAGUAGAAAGACGGAUCCAGCCGUGCCGGAAAGAUUCGCCUUUGAUACCACGGACGAGGAAGAGCGAACGGGAGAUAGAAAAUCACCCUUCUCCCAUAUUGAAGUCGACGUCAUCCCCGAGGAUGAAUUCGAGGAUACUUACGAUGAGAUCAAUCGGAUCUUGUCCCGAGAAGAUAUUGGUCCUACCGAUAUUAUUGGAGCGGCCAAAUAAUCACCCACCCAAUUACCUACAAAACUUAUACCACCUACCCAUUAACGAAUUUACGAAUUGUCUCAAAAGCAUGCACGCUUCUAUUUUUUUUUGUCCUCGAUCUUUUCACACUCACUUUACACAUUUCUUUUGUCAUUUUUGAUUGCUUGGCUGGUUGGUCGGUUGAUUGAUGGUUCUGAGGAGUUUUUUUAACAGCGUCUGUCGGAUGAACCGACCAUAGGUUCCGGUUCUGGGGUGUUUGAUAUCUUAUGUCUUAUAUCUUGUCUUGUCUUGUCUUGUGUGUGCGUUUUAAAAUAGUAACAGAAUAUACCCUAAUAAUA